AUGACAUUGCUAAAUAAAAAAGGAAAUUUGAAGAAUCUUCAUUUGCUAGGCAUUGUUCUUCAAAUGAAACAAAGCUGGAAUGCUACAUAAAAGGGUGGCAAGACUGGUUGAACAAAUCAAUUAAUAGUAAGUUAUAAAUACAGAUAUAAUACAUGCAUAAAUGAAUGUUCCCAUGUUAUUGGGUUGGUAGUGAGAUAUUUGACGCAAAAUGUCCACUGAAAAACACUUGCCAACAAUUUAGUCUAUGUGGCAACUCUGUGUGCCUAAGCCUGGGGGGAGGGGGGUGGAGUAGAACAAGUCAAGCAUAAAACUGGGACUUUCCAUGGUGACAUAACCCAGUGGAAAGUCCCCUAGCAUCAUUUCUAAAACUAGACAUGAUUUCAUGGGUUUUUCCAUACACUACCAGCUGCUGAUUGGUCACCAUUAUUGAGGGUCCCCCUUUCCUCAAGGCUGUAAAAGCUGGGGAACAGCAGUUUCAAGUAGAUUUGCUGUGUUCAGUGCUACUGGAAACACUCAUGGAGCCAGAGAUAAAGGAUUUCAUUGGUGAUCUAAAACCAGGGGGGCUUUCAAGGCCAAUUGACUUCAUUGUGCUGUAUGCAGACGGGUCCCAAGAGCAUUAUGAUCAAGUCCAGGUGUUAAAACAUGAGCUGAACAAAGUUGGGCAGGCAGAUAACAUGUUGAUGAUUGUGGACCAUGAUGGCCUUGGGGAUGCAGACAUUGACUACCCUCAAAUAACAGGACAACUGCAUGAAAAAGUUCUGAUAAUAACAAGGCCUUCUUCUGCUUGGACAGAAGGUCCUUGCCUUUGUGGUGGUGUAGGUGUCCUUGCAAACUGGAUUGCUGGCCCUAUCCUCUGUGGUGCUGCCCUUUGCCACUGUGGUGCUGGCCCUGGCCAUGGUACUGCUGGCCCUGGCCUUUGUGCCACCAAUUACAAGACUCCAGGCUCUGGCCUCUGUACCCUACAGAGGACACCAGAUGUCUGGGCCCUUGGAGGGUUGGCUUUUUAGGGUGUGCCACAGGACUGCAGGGGACAUAUCCCACUUCUAAUGCUGGGGCCAGAAUGUACCCCUGGCCAGAAGAUACCCAGCGGGUGUACUCUGACCAGUGAUAAAUUCUACCCAGUUACAAUGGAUGUCCCCUGUUGUCAUGUGCUACAGCAGUACCCUCCGCAGAAACCACUGCUGUAGGCCCUGACCCUGACCACCUCUGAGACCAGUGAGGACACAGUGGAUGACAUUAGACUGUCAUGGCCUGGCUAUCUGCUGUAUAUAAUACUGGUUGUGUAGCGGAGGUGAUCAAAAAUUGGGUGCACGAACUAAAAAAAGUCAGAUCAUCAGCAAUUGGCCUUUAUCCGUCAGGCUAUCUUUAUCCAGCAUGAAGACUCUAAUUUGUCAAAACUCAAAUAAACAUAAAAAAAUCUUUCCAGUUGCGCAAACAGGCAAUGUAAUUUUGUGAACAGUUAUUCCUGUUCAAUAUAUCUUAAAGAUAUUUUUCACUGUGGCCACUGAAAAACAGAAUUUAGUAGACAACAGUGCAUAGUUGUCUUCAUGUAAUCAUCAUGCAGACAUGCUGGCCAAAAAAAAAGGAAAAAAGUCACUGUGGUACAAAUGUAGAUAACUGUCAAAAUCUAAUGAUUGUGCUGAGUCACAGUCUUUGUGACAGAUGCAGGUCAACCACUUUAUUGAACAAUACUAUGCACAAAAUUUCCUUUCAGAGUUGGCAAAUUGAAGGGACAUGAAAAUGUAUGCAGCAGAAAUUGUCAAAGACAUCAUUCCAUGUUUCAAACAAUUGAAAACACUAAAAUAAUGAAUUUGAACCAUUCAUUCGGGUGCUAAAUCUGUUUUCCUUGAGUCUUUCUCCAAUAUUGA